CACACGCAUGAACAACAAGGACAUCUAUAGCAGAGGGGGAUGGGGGUACCUUUCUAAAAUAACAUGGAUUCUCGUUUGAAGCAAAGUGCUGUGAUGAAUGAGGAAGACUUUGGAAGACAGAGCCCAUCAAACAACAGAGUAAGAAACAGGAACAUGGUAAAUGGAGAGGACAGAAAUGUGACCCAGGAGACAGAGCACUCCACCAUUGAAGUUGAUCCACUUGACGACAAACUCGAUGAAGAGGCUGGUGGACAGACUGGCAGUAAAGGGUUCCUGGAGACCAAGUAUGAUGAAGGUUGUGAGUUUUGUAGGAAACACAAAACCGUGAUUCGCUACGUGAUCAUUGGCCUUUUAUCAGCAGGUUUUCUUGCUAUGGUCAUUGCAGCCUGCGUCCUGAACUUUCAACGAGCCCUUCCUCUUUUCCUGUUUUUGGUGGCUGUCAUUCUGUUUGUGUCCUGGGAUUAUCUGAUACCCAGAUAUGAAGAGAAGAUUGUUGCACUCUUCUCUCGGGGCCAUGGAUUCUUGAACAAGCAGUGGUUCUGGCUGAAGUGGGUUCUGUGGAGCUCCCUGGUAUUAGGGGUCAUUCUCUGGCUCAUCUUUGAUACAGCUAAACUGGGAAAGCAGAACCUGGUAUCCUUUGGUGGACUCAUAGUGUUCAUUCUUCUGAUGCUGAUAUUUUCCAAAUACCCAACCAAAGUGGUGUGGAGACCUGUCAUUUGGGGAAUAGGAUUACAGUUCUUUCUCGGCCUCCUUAUUCUAAGAACGAAAAUCGGCUUUGAGGCUUUUGACUGGUUGGGUUCCCAAGUACAGACAUUCCUGGGAUACACCGAUGCCGGGGCUGAAUUUGUCUUUGGGAAGAAAUACACGGAUCACUUUUUUGCUUUUAAGGUCUUGCCAAUAGUGGUUUUCUUCAGCACCGUGAUGUCUAUGCUUUACUACAUUGGAUUGAUGCAGUGGAUCAUUAAAAAGGUUGGUUGGGUCAUGCAAGUCACCAUGGGAUCAUCUCCUAUUGAAUCCAUAGUCGCUGCGGGCAAUAUAUUUGUGGGACAGACAGAGUCUCCGCUCCUGGUCCGACCUUAUUUAAGUUAUCUCACCAACUCCGAACUCCAUGCCAUAAUGACUGCGGGAUUUGCAACUAUCGCCGGAAGUGUCUUGGGGGCCUAUAUUUCUUUUGGGGUUCCAGCUUCACAUUUGUUAACUGCUUCAGUAAUGUCGGCCCCUGCAUCACUAGCAAUUGCUAAGUUGUUUUGGCCUGAGACCAAGAAGCCUAAAAUAACCCUCAAGGAUUCCAUGAAGAUAGAGAAAGGGGACUCCAUCAACCUUCUAGAAGCAGCCAGCCAGGGAGCCUCCUCUUCUAUCUCCCUAGUGGCGAACAUCGCAGUAAACCUGAUUGCGUUCCUGUCCCUGUUGGCUUUCGUGGACUCUGCGCUCUCCUGGCUGGGGAGCAUGUACAACUAUCCCCAGCUGAGUUUUAAGAUAAUCUGUUCGUAUAUCUUCAUGCCCUUAUCCUUUUUGAUGGGGAUCGACUGGCAAGACAGUUUCAUGGUUGGUGAGCUCCUCGGCUACAAGACUUUCUUCAAUGAAUUUGUAGCUUAUGAACAUCUGUCCAAACUGAUCAAGUUACGAAAGCAGGCUGGACCGAAGUUUAUUAACGGUGUACAGCAAUAUAUGUCCGUCCGCUCCGAAAUCAUCGCCACCUACGCCCUCUGUGGCUUUGCCAAUUUCGGUUCUCUGGGGAUUGUGAUCGGAGGACUCUCUUCAAUGGCACCUACCAGAAAACACGACAUCUCCAAAGGUGCCAUUAGAGCCCUGAUUGCUGGUACUGUCGCCUGCUUCAUGACGGCCUGCAUUGCUGGCAUGCUUUCCAGCACCUCUGUGGAUGUCGAGUGUCAUGGCUUACUAGAAAAUGCAUUCAACUCAAGCUUACCCAGCCACACACCGGAAAUAGUAACCUGUUGCCAGAACCUAUUCCACAGCACUCUUGUCAACAGCUCCGGUGAAGUCAUUCCCGGCGGAAACCAUACCCUCGGGUCCUUGAAGGGUUGCUGCCAGUUGCUGAACCCCACUACAUUUAACUGCAGUUGGACCACUCCGUUAUUCUGAGCAUGCGUUCUUCUGGGCCUGGACCCCAUUUCAAGUUUUCACCUGCUUGAAAAGAAAUCAGCGUGGCUGUGUUCUAAGUAAUAAACAAAAACGCUGCUGCUUUCGGUGGAUCGAUUCUUCCAUCUUCAUACCCGGCGGGGCUCUCAGUGGAUUCAGUUCGGCCUUCUCUCCAGUGUUCGGCCCCAAGUGUUCGCAGGUGGAAUCGGCCAUGUCGAACGACCCAUUUGAAAGGGAUUUCCCUCAUUUAAAGGCCUCAUUGCUCUCAGGGGCCUGUUUUAAAUGGUUCUCCUUAUUGGGAGUCACGUGUCAGCUUGUCCUCUAGACUGUAAGCUUGUUGUGGUCAGGGAA